AUGAGUAUAGAUAUUGAUGCAGCUCGACGCUCUCAUUCGCGGGCGUCUGCCAUUAUAUCCGCAUCACCACCAAAUAAAAAUUCAUUAACAUUUGAGAGUGUUGUUUGUUCGCAACUCGAACUUAAACGGCGAGCUCAAUCGUUUAGUAGUCGACGAAGCACAUUGUAUCGUCGAAAGUCCAUCAUGGCCACAAAAAGACGACAAACUCAAUAUAAUAAAACUUUAAUCGAUCCUCCAAAUAAACCUCGUCGGACAACGUUACAUUCACCAUCACAAACGAGUCUAGCAUCAACUGCACUAUCAGCAACAACGACUCGAACUACAAAUACUACACGAAAUUCAUCAUCAGUUGGUAUUCCAUCCGAAAUAACGUACAAUUUAUUGAAGAGAGAAACAAAAAAUUCGUUACCGAUGAUUUGGGAUCCAAAAACAGCAAAAAAGUUGGAUGAAUCUCGCGCUUCAAAAUGGUCAAUUGAUUUUCCAAAAGAUGUACCUCAUUAUGGAAAAUUGGUUGCUCGUUUAACAGAAGAAUAUAAUGAUUCAGAACAUUUAUUCGAAUUUGCUCGAAAAACCGUUCUAGUUUUAAUGAGAACAAGUGUGAGCCAUCUAAGUGACUGUCCAAAACAACCGAAUAUUCCUAUUUAUUUAUUUGUUGCUGGAAUUGUUUUUACCGUUAAACUUUUACAAAAUCUAUGGCAUAAGUAUCGUUUACAUCAGAAAGAACUGUUAGAUGAAGAAACACCAAAUCGACAUGAUGGUCUAUUUAUUGAUAUUCUAAUGACAUCAUUUUUAGUUGUAUGGUUUUUUCUUGGACAUUACUGGCUAAGUACCCUCGGAUUUCCACCACAGUUUGAACCACCAUUAAAACAACCGGAUAAUUGGUGUAAUAAAACAGUCUACAUUGUCACACUGGUUCAAGUUGCAUUCACAUAUUUUUUAUUUAUAUUCUUUUUUGUUAUUGUUUUAACACUAAUUUUAUUUACACGACAUACAAUAAUUAAAAGAACAACAAGAUAA